CAAUGCCCCCUCAAUCCCUCUCUUGUCCUUUUUUUUUUUUAAUCUUUAUUUUCCCUUCUCGUCCCCGCAAACAAAUUCCCUCUUUCUUCAAACAGAUCGGAAUUUCUCUUGAUUCCCCCGAAAAACCCAAUACUCUUCCUUCACGAUCCACGUUAGUCCUCCAUCGCCACCGUCCAUCAUACCUUUCAAAGUUUCAAUCCAGGAGCAAAAGAAUGGGGGCUUUCAUAUCGAAGUUUUGGUUUAUGUUAUUUCCCGCAAAGGAAUACAAGAUUGUGGUGGUGGGGUUGGAAAAUGCAGGCAAAACGACGACGCUUUACAAGCUUCACCUUGGUGAUGUUGUUACUACCCAUCCUACUGUUGGUAGCAACGUUGAAGAGCUUGUUUAUAAAAACAUCCGCUUCGAGGUCUGGGAUCUUGGUGGGCAAGAAAGAUUGCGAACAUCAUGGGCAACAUACUAUCGUGGAACUCAUGCUGUCAUUGUCGUGAUAGACAGCACUGAUAGGGCCAGGAUCACCAUUAUGAAGGAUGAACUCUUCAGGUUGCUUGGACAUGAGGACCUACAACAUUCUGUUAUACUUGUCUUUGCAAAUAAACAAGACCUAAAAGAUGCAAUGACCCCGGCUGAGAUCACUGAUGCCCUUUCACUUCACAGCAUAAAAACUCAUGAUUGGCAUAUCCAAGCCUGCUGUGCACUUACCGGAGACGGGUUGUAUGAUGGUCUAGGGUGGAUCGCCCAGCAUGUUACAGGGAAAGCACCAGGUUGAAAAGGGGGUGAUCAAUCAAAGAGAGUUCAUUCUUCAUACAUUAUGGAUUCAGAUGACU